GAGACUUGCACGCCUUUUGGUGGGUUGAUUGUGGUCAUACUUAGCGACAUAUUUAGCGGCAUAUUAGCGGCAAAAUGACUAAGUCACCUGACGCUUCAAAACCUGUUGUUGGACAUGUUGAGGAGGGAAGAGCCAGGAUCAUCCUGCCCGAAGGUGUUUUCUAUAAUCGUGUUCAGGAAUUCAAUCGUGACAUCACCGUCGCUAUGCUACAACAAUAUCAACUGGUGCACCAAAGUGAGUGGAUUGAACGCAAGCACCGGCAUAUGAAACGCGGUUCCGAACAUACUUGCGUUACCUACGAUGGUCUAAGAAUUCUCGAGGCCUUGUCCGCCACUGGCAUCCGGUCUGUCCGUUUCGCCUUAGAAGUCCCAAAAGUUGCAAAGAUAGUGGCUAACGAUCUGGAUGCGAAGGCGGUUGAGUUGAUUCGGAAUAACGUAGAACUCAAUGGCGUUGGAAAGCAUGUGGAUGUCACAUGUAUGGAUGCAGUGGAAUUGAUGCGUAAAUGUAAAACAUUCACUGAAAGGUUCAAUGUCGUUGAUAUCGAUCCUUAUGGAACUGCCAGUCCGUUUCUCGAUUCGGCAGUCCAGUGCCUACAUGAUGGUGGUCUUCUCUGCGUGACAUCAACAGAUGCUGCUGUAUUGUGUGGAAGCACCCCAGGCACCUCAAUGGGCAAGUACGGAGGCUUAGCUAUCAAAAAUAGUGCAGCUCAUGAAACGAGCUUACGGAUUCUGCUUCACGCGAUUCAAUCGGCUGCCAGUCGCUUCGGGUGCGUAAUCGAGCCACUGUUGUCGUUAUCAGUGGAUUUCUACGUCCGCGUGUUCGUUCGCGUUUGGGCGUCUCCAGGCUCAGUGAAAGCGAUCGCCGCGAAGCAUGCUAUCUGCUUCAGUUGUACUGGUUGUACAGCUUACCAUGUACAACCUUUGGGCCACGCAUUAGCCAGCAACAAGAGGUUGGCUCCAGCCCGUGGCCCACCAGUUGGCCCACUCUGCGCUGAGUGUGGGAGUCACUUCAAUGUUUGGGGUCCAUUUUGGUGUGGCCCUCUUCACAGUCGCUCAUUUUUGUCUGGUUUUCUCACCACUUUGGGAUGUCCUCCAAAGGUCCCUAUUCCUCCUGUGGCACAGAACGGCGAUGACUGCAGCACCGCACUCCCGCAAUCUGAUAAGACAGAUCGGAUCCCCCGAGACCCUUCCAACAACGUUUAUCCAAGCGGUGCAGAGUUGGGGCUCCCAAUGCCUGAAGGAUUUUCCUUUGCUCCAGAUUUAACAGAUCCUGAUUUAAAUGAUAAAGCCAGUAGUCGGUUUGGGACAUUCAAGCGAAUCGUUGGAAUGUGCACCAUGGCCUUUGAGGAACUCCCGGAUGUCGUAUUCUAUCAUAGAAUUGAUCACCUGACUGCCGUACUGGGUAUGCAGGUUCCAGCUUUGUUGGAGCUACACUCUCCAUUCUUGAAUGCUGGUUAUCGCAUUUCCUGCUCCCACGCAGAAGCUAACACGUUCAAAACCGACGCGACCAUGUCAUUUAUUUGGGAUGUGUUACUGACGUUCCAUCGCAUUUCUGCUCCCACGCAGAAACUAACACGUUCAAAACCGACGCGCCCAUGUCAUUUAUUUGGGAUGUGUUACUGACGUUCCGUCGGAGGUUUCAGUCGUUGGAAAAAGCACCCAAGUCACCAACAUCAUCUGCCACAAGUGAUGAAUCUGAAUCCGGGGAACUGGAAACUGCGAAUGGAAAGCAAGAAUCGAUCCAACGAAAACAGGCCAGAAGACGAACAAAUCGGCAGCACCGUCGCAAACGUCUCGAAUCGCUAGGUCCGGAACAAGCUGCCGAACUAGCCUCUUUUCGUGCGCAUCGAGGUCAGGUACGAGCACAGUUACUCUCUCGACCCAUCAAUUCAAACGUGGAUCUGACCAUACAUCCAGACGCCAACCCUCCUUCGCGAACCGACGGGCUGGUCAGGUUGGUAUCUCUGACGUUCCUCCAGUAGAUAUCAGCCAAAUCCGGAGAAGUUCUGGGGACCAAAAGCCAGACCCAAAAUGCUGAAAACAGAUUCGGGAUAAGGCCUUGUUUACUGAGUUUUCGAAUCCCCAUGUAUAUAUUUUUCUUCACUUAAUAAGCCUUCCUUCGAAUCUUGUAUCUUGUCUUCUUGGUUGCUUGGCACCUACUAGGAGAUCAUGUAUGCUCACCAGAGCUACGUUACACAUAUCCAGUUCCUUGCAAAUAUUCGAUUUGAAACAUCCUAGCAAGAGUUUGUUUCCAUCACAUCUGUCGUGCUUGCCCCCUCCAUCAGUGUUAUUUUCAUCUACCACUGAGUUCCACGGUUUGGUCGGUGAAAUGUGGAUGGAAACCCG